AUGAGGCGCCCGGUUGAAGAGGCCGUGGCCAAGGCGACGGAGGACAGCCAGUUCUUCGACGCCGGCAAGCCGCCGCCUUUCCGCAUCGGCGACGUCCGCGCUGCCGUGCCGGCGCACUGCUGGCGGAAGAGCCCCUGGCGGUCGCUCUCGUACGUGGCGCGCGACGUGGCGGCGGUGGCGGGGCUGGCGCUCGCGGCGGCAGCGCUGGACAGCUGGGCGCUGUGGCCGCUCUACUGGGCGGCGCAGGGGAUCAUGUUCUGGGCGCUCUUCGCCCUUGGCCACGACUGUGGCCACGGGAGCUUCUCCGACAGCGGUUUGCUCAACAGCGUGGUGGGCCAUCUUCUCUUCUCCUUCGUCCUCAUCCCCUACAAUGGAUGGAGGAUCAGCCACACAAAGCACCAUCAGAACCACGGCCACAUCGAGAGGGACGAAUCAUGGCACCCGAUCACGGAGAAGCUAUACCGGAAGCUGGGAAUAAGCGCCAAGCUGCUACUCUUCACGCCGCCGCUUGCACUGUUUGCUUUCCCCUUCUACCUCUGGUACAGGACACCCGACAAGAAAGGCUCGCACUUUCUGCCGAGCAGCGAUCUGUUCAGCCCCAACGAGAGGAAUCAUGUGGUGGUGUCAACCACCUGCUGGUGCAUCAUGCUCGCCUCGCUCCUCGCCAUGGCGUGCGCCUUAGGACCCCUGCAGGUGCUCAAGGUGUACGGGGUCCCAUACCUUGUGUUUGUGAUGUGGCUUGACAUGGUGACGUACCUGCAACACCAUGGCCACCCCGACCUCCCCUGGUACCGCGGCGAGGAAUGGAGCUACCUGCGCGGGGCCCUGACGACGGUGGACCGGGACUACGGCUGGAUCAACAGCAUCCACCACGACAUUGGCACCCAUGUGAUCCACCACCUCUUCCCCCAGAUCCCACACUACCACCUCGUCGAAGCUACCAAGGCGGCGAGGCCAGUGCUGGGCAGAUACUACCGGGAGCCGGACAAGUCAGGGCCGCUGCCACUUCACCUCUUUGGCGUGUUCCUCAGGAGCCUCAGAGUGGAUCACUUCGUCAGCGACCAUGGCGAUGUCGUCUACUACCAAACUGACCACACCUUGAGUCGUGGCGAUAGCUGGGCCGAAACCGAGAAGCUCAAGUAGUGUGGAAGCCUGCCCUGAACUACAUACUGAAAUUCGAGUUGCAACCAGUCGCACAAGAACACGUGCUAUCCUGGGAUCAAGCUUGAAGCUUUGAGGUGAUUAGCUAUUCUAGAUAGUCAUGCUAUACAGGGUUUCAUCUGGCAUUGUGGUGAUGAUAGGGCUUUCUGAUGUUGAGCCCCUUUACUACCCUGUUACCUGAUACUCUUGUGAUGCCAUUCACAAGUAUGGUCGGCUAUUGAUGCUUCUUUUCCCCUGGCUAGUUGAUGGUUGUCUUGAUGGCUCUAUGCCCCUUUC